GGUUACUUUCCGUAUCUACAACUCCCGAACCUCCUUUUACCUCAUUGGGCGCGUCUGUUUUUUUAUUUUAUUCUUUUUUUUCCUCCCAAAUUAAACAUGGCCGGCGCAGGGAGAUGACGUCAUAUCACGGCGACUUCCAGGAGUCGCUAUGGAUCCGGAGUGUUCUCAGCUGCUUCCUCAUGUCUGCAAGGUCUUGGUUGACAACAGGCACCUUAUGACCGAUGACUCCAUCUAUGAGAAACUGCUGGACUGGUUUAAGUGUCUGCUUGGGACAGUUUCUGCUGAGGAGCUUUUGAAGGACAACCCGUGUAUCCCAGAGCUCUUCCAACAGGUUCUGAAUAUAGAAGAGGCAGACCACAGCCUCCUUGCUUUUUCUAUGAGACUAGUUGGAGUCUUGGCGGCUCAGGAAGGAGGAUUUAGAUACCUAACGUCUGAUAAUGUAAUCCAGGACAUGUUUGGAGAUUGUAUCUACACCAGUGAUACAUGGAAGGAUGCGUCCAUUAGAAGAGCCUGGAUACAAGGCCUGCUGGGUAUGGUACAGCACCGGGACGCAUUACAGUUUCUGGAUACAGAAGGUAUAAUAGAGACAAUGUUAAACCUGCUGAUGGACUCCAGCCUGUUUGUAGCAUCUGCAGUCAAUGAUCUCGCAGCCCAUGUCUUCCUCAUGUAUGUGAAGCUGACAGAACAGAGAGAAAUCCGCCGCGUAUCUGAUCUGCCUGAAAUGGCCCUGCGGAUCCUUAGUCACUUAGAGAAGCUGCUAACCUCUAGUGGUUCCCAGUCAGUCACUCAGUCCCUAAAAGUUCUGACCGCUAUCUUCAGGGACUGCGCUGACACCACCGCCGAGGUUCUCUGGCCACAAGUAGCAGAACUAGUAAAUGUUCUAUUGAAGCAGAAGACUAUUCCUGCUGCCCCUCAUCUAGAAGAACUGUUACUGACUGUGACCAGAUUUCGGGUUCUGUGUAAUCCUGAGCAGGAUUUAUGGAUGGUCAUGAAACAGGCCCUAAGAAGUCUAAGUCCAGUCCAGGCCGGUAUCCUUGCAUUUGGCAUUCUAGAGUCCAAUUCAUGCCCCCCAGAUGUCUGCCAGGAAGCUGUGUGUGUUCUGCUUCAGCCACUAGACUGUGUAUUGAGAGACCCGACUACAGAUUUUGGCCAGCCAGGUUUUCUUGAUACGUUUGUGUCUGAUCCUGCCAUUGUCGAGAAUCUUUUGGCUAAGAAGUCCUCGUGUGUCAGUCUCCUCUGUCAGUGCCUAAGCCUUCUGACAAGACUGUGUGAAAAGGAGUGUCUUCCUAUGCAGGUCCCCCAUAGCACUAUACUGAAUUCUGUGGUGCUGAUUCUCUGCUUUAGCAUUGGACAAGCCGUAUGUGUAUCACCAACAGGGUCCCGUUUGGGCAGAUUACUUAUAGGUUCUCUUCGAGUCCAAAGGUCGGCGUUGGAUGCCAUUGGAGGUCUUUGUCGCUGGCCAUGGAGCCCGGAAGCUUUGCUGAAAACAUAUAAUGUGCUCACUGCUUAUCUUGAGAACCCAGAAACAGACCCCACAGUCCUGAAGAAGGCAUUCCAGGCAUCCUUGAAGUGGCUCCAGGCUGGGCACACAAAUGAAGAGCACUGGGCAGAGGGCAAAUCUUUUCUUCAAGGUCUCUGUCCUGUCAUAAUGAAACGCCUGUGCAGCCCUUCUUGGGAGGUGCGGGAUACCACCUUAGAGUUCAUCACCAACAUGGCGGCUGCUGCUGAAGGACGCGCAGAGGUUGUGGAAGUUCUGAGUAAUGCUGGAGUUCCGCAGCUUGUUCUGGAUCUUCUUAAGGACCCUGAGAGCUAUGUGCGGGCAAGUGCUGUAACCUGCAUGGGACAAAUCCUAAAUAUUACCCACACUUCAGCUGCCGGCUCCUUCACAUCUGCAAAACCUUUAAAAUAUGAGGAUAUGGUGCCGAAUCUAAUAGACAUUCUAUGUCAUGACACAGAAGGUUUCCCCAGGAGAGCAGUGGUCAAAGUGUUCACUGAUUGGCUAAGAAAAGGUCACAUGCAAAAACUCCAAGACUUGGAAAUUCUGCUGUCACAGAUUCUGGAGACGACAUGCAAUGACUUGGAUUGGGAGGUGAAGGUCAAUGCAUUGGACCUUGCAGAUUUCUAUAUAUCGCAGAUACUGGAAAUGGGACCUUCACAAUGUUGCCCAUACACUAUAGGAUUACCGUCUAUAAAAAGCUCCGUUUCAAUAUCAGAUGCAUUGAUCAAAUGUGAACGAGUGGGGAUUUUCCAAGCUUUAUUGACUUGUCUUUGUGACUGUGACCGACCAGUGGCAUUAAAGGCCUGUGAGAUCCUCCUCCAUCUGAAGCCAAAACUGUGCAAUGGAGACGUCUACUCCUCUGAAAUACAUGGAAGAGACUGGCUGGAGCACACGAUAAAUGAGCAUCGUGUUACAAGCCAGGAUUGUGCUGGGGACAGGCAGCAAUGUCCAGAAUGGGCCACUGGGGUGAUAAAGAAGAUCAAUUUGGAUAAGAUGAAGUGUUCCCUAUCAAAAAGUAGUGAUUACUUACAUGAAACCCCCCUGUCACUGCUGCAGGACAUCAAAGCCACCUUAUGGGGGGGAGAAAUGCACGAUGCUGAUUGCUAUUGAUAUGGAAGGUUACACUUCCACAGUACAAGUGCAUAGUAUGUGGCACCCCUGACUCAUGGGGAAUAGAGAAGGGUGUAGAUGUGUCUGUUCAAGAAUUAAAAAAAAAUCCCUGGAAGAUUCAAAUGUCAAAAUGUCUUUUGUACAUAUCUAUGAUUAUUAGUCAUGUGUGGUCUCCCGGAGCAGAACACCUUUACUGCCUGUUCUGUCGGGUGGUUGUUAUGUUAAGGGGCCCUCUUCUGCCAUCCAAAUCUGUGCCUUUAAUGUGUUUUGUGAUAAAAAAAAAAAAAUGCUUUGUGUUUUCUAACCCUUUGAUGCUACCGUGCCUUUUAUUACUCUUUAAGGGUUAACUGUAUUUCUCUGUUAAGGAUGAGUGGGGAAGCCACAGCAGCAGUUGUAGCCAAUCAGGGUGAGCCGGCAUUUCCUCUACCCUGGUCUGAUCAGACAGGGAGCAGGCCUCAAGCCCAGUGUAUAUUCAUCUGUUCCAGAGUGGCUGUACACCCCUCACAUGGAACCCGCCACCCAGAGUAAAGUCAAGUAGUCUCAAUCCAGGCUUUGGGGGCAAUAGCUAAGAAAGGAUAAAAGGGGUAUUUUGCUUCCCCCAGCAUUUGGAACAUUUUGUUCCGAACUCUUGGAUAUGGGCGA